GUCAUCCGGAUCGGUUUCUUAAACCGGUUUGUGUACCUCAGCCUGGAACUGCUUUAAAGAAUAACAACAUGGUGGGCUGAGCCCUGUUCGAUUUUCUUGAUGAUGUAAGAAUUGAGUAAACUAAAGAGGGGUUUUCUCAAAUCGGGCCAAUCUGUAAAUCAAAUUCAAGCUAAAAUAUCACGAGUAGCGACACUCAUUUGCUUCUAACUUCUUAGCAUACACGCUUGCCGCUCGAAAUUCAGUUCUUCUUCUUCUUCUUCUUCUUCUUCCUACCAGAAAGAAUGGACAAUCAUCAAGCUGAUGAGGAACAUGAAUUAGUUAUGGAGCUCUCUGAAAAAGAUUCGCUCUUGGAAAAAAAGAAGAAAUUAUUAAAAAUCAACCAUUUUGACCCUAAUGGAAAAGUCAAAAUCAAGAGCAUUUGUAGCAUUGAGUUACUGAAUUCUGUUUUGGAAGAGAUGCUCCAGAGAGCUCGAAUCAUAAAUGCAGAUGAGGUUGACCUUUACUUUGGAGGGAUUGAUGCUUUUGGAUUUUGUAGUCCAAGAAAUGAAUUGGAAUCUCUUCAUACAAUCUUAUCACUUGUUGACAAGUCAAAGUCAACAAGUGAACAAAUAAGACCAAAAGUCUUACAAGAUCUUAUGAAUGCAACUUUAAACAAGAUCCAUGAAUUUAGUAGCAACAUUAUAGAGGACACUAAGAUUCUUUCCAAAUGGAAUUUACACAAGGAGAAAUGUUUACUACAAUGGGGUGAAAGCAAUGGUGUUAAAUCCAAACUUGAUAUUGCUUUUGUUGAAGGAGGUGGAAGGGGAGGUAUAGCAAGAGAAGAUCUUGAAGUUGGAGAUAUUGCUUUGGAAAUUCCUUUGUCUGCUAUAAUUUCAGAGGACCUACUUCAUGAAACCACUAUGUUUCCAAUAUUAGAAAAAGUAGAUGGUAUUUCGUGUGAGACAAUGUUGUUAUUGUGGAGUAUGAAGGAGAAGUAUGACAACAAUUCAAAAUUCAAGAUUUAUUUUGAUGCUCUACCAGAAGCAUUUAAUACAGGGUUAAGCUUUGGAAUGGAGGCAAUCAUGGCAUUAGAUGGAACAUUGUUGCUAGAAGAAAUAAUUCAAGCAAAAGAGCACUUGAGAUCUCAAUACAACGACUUAAUUCCAUCAUUAUGCAACAAUUAUCCAAAUAUCUUUCCUUCAAAUCUUUACACAUGGGAAAAAUUCUUAUGGGCUUGGUUUCUCAAUCAUUCGAUAACCCCACAUAUAAUGAACUAUGGAAGAGUGGACCCCACCACAAACUCUUUAAAAUUUCCUCUUUCAAGACCAUGUAACAAUGGAGAACAAUGUUAUCUUAGUUAUGGGAACUUGUCUAGUUCUCAUUUAAUUACCUUUUAUGGUUUUUUACCAAAAGGAUACGUUGACAACCCCUAUGAUGUCAUUCCACUUGAUAUUGAUCUUGAUAACAAAGAAGAUGUGAAUCCGAUGUGUAAUUGGUCUACUCAUAUGGUGAGGGGGACAUGGCUUUCGAAGAAGAAUGGAAUCUUCAAUUACGGGCUUCCAAUUCCGUUGUUGGAACAUCUCCGUGAAGCUCGUAUGUUGAUGUUGGAAUCAAAUAUUGAGGUGCAAGAAAAAUUGGAAUUGGAAUUGGAAAUUCUUGAAGACCUUCAAUCUACAUUUGAUGCCAUGAUGGAAAACUUGGGUGAGACCGAACCAUUGGGAAGAGAAAACUGUGAUUGGGAUGUGAAGCUUGCGUUGGAUUUCAAAGAAUUACAAAAACGGAUCAUUUCAUCGAUUGUAAGUUCAUGUUACAAUGGUAAAAAAGCUACGACAACGGAACGUGAGAAGGAACGUGAGAAGCAGAUGAUUAAUUAUCUACUUCCAGAAGAAAUUGAAGAAUUUCUUGGGAUUCCUACAAGAUCUGUACGUUCUUUUUUCUCUGACAGAUGGUCAAAAUUUCAUCUGGGUUCGAAUCCUGCUGAGAUGUCUACUAGAGAUCAGAAAUUGUUGAAGAAACAACAAAAUCUUUAUUUUCUCAGGCGAUCGGAAAAUAAAGAAAUGAUUAAUCUAUUCAAUAUAAUUACGUAUUUACAAAAUACCGUCUCAAUUCAUCCAAUUUCAUCAGAUUCGGGAUGUGAUAUGGUUUCGAAGGAUAAAACGGAUAUAGGCAGUUCCACCAAGAUUUCAUUCUUGAAUAAAAAUCCAUUUUUUGAUUUAUUUCAUCUAUUCCAUGACUGGAACAUGGGAGGAUACACAUGGUGGUAA